AUGCCCUCUCGACCAUCUGUACCGCUCAUGGAAAACGCGCACCACCGCUCGGGCCGCUCCCUCCCCCUCCGCACCACCUCGUCGCCGCAAACGCCGACCUCGAGCAACUGGAGCCGCCCGUCGAUGCGCCAGUACGCGUCCGUCAACUCCCUUUCGCCGAUCCACUCGUCGUGCACGUCCCCGACCCACUCGACGGCAUCGUCGUCGGCUCGUCGCGCUUCCGAGCUGCCCGUCGACUACAAGAUCCUCGUGCGCCUCCUCCGAUGCGUCCUCUCGACCGGCGCAGACGAGUGGGACGCCCUGUCGACCGAGUGGUGGGAAUCGCUCGCGGACGAGGAUCGGUACGACGCAGGCUCGAGGCAGGGCGAGGUCGUCGACUGGGCGCACAAGAUCCAGGGCAUGGCCAAGGGCGACUCGUCGGCCAAGCCGCGCAUCCCGGCGUUCCUCCUCGAAGCCGCAAGAGGGCAGGACGCCGGGGUCCGCAAGGGCCGCGCGCAAGACGUCGUUCAGGCCAUGCUCUCGGUACACAGCAAAGCGAUCGAUGCCCACGACGCGCAGGAUUUCCUCACGUCGCCGCCGCGUUCCUCUCGCGCCCCUCGCCCAUACUGCUCGAUCGGGCACCGAGCAGCUCGUCUCUACGGGACGACCAAGGGCGCGUGGGAGGCCGAGCAGAACUGGUAG